AUGGCGCUUGUGCAUGCACACCAGGACCGCCAUCUCCAAUACAGUGGCAGCAGCAGCAGUAGCAGCAGCAGCAGCGGCAGCAGCAGCAGCAUCAUGGGGAUACCGGAGUUGAGCCCGGGCAUGCAGCGGCUGCUGCUGCGCUAUUUAGCUGUGAGUGACGAACCUGCUGCUGCUUAUGCUUAUCUUCUCAAGCCACCGCCGCCGCCGCCACCUCCGCCGCCGCAGUCGCAGCAGCAGCAGCAGCAGCAGUUGUUCCGUAGCUCGGACUUGACCCACUUGCGACCGCAGCAGCAGCAGCAGCAGCAGGAAGUGCUGCAGGAGACCAGACCCUCGCCACUGCAGCAGCAGCAACAAAUACAGCAACUGCAACAACAGCAAACGGCUAUUUCUACCGAUAUACAGGCAGCAACCACAGCGCAGCAGCAGCAGCAGCAGCAGCAACAGCAACAGCAACCUGCGCAGCAGCAACUUGAGCCGCAGCUAAUCGGCUUUGCAGUUCGUCCUUCAGUGCAACGCCUACAGCAGACACCACUGCAGCAGCAGCAUCAACAGCAGCAGCAGCAACAGGCAACAGUGCUACAGCAAGCGCCUGUGGUGCUGCCGCCGCCGCAGCUGCCACUGCUGGCGCCCCAGGUGCAGCAGCAGCAGCAGCAGCAGCAGCAAAGAUCGAACGAGGGAUUAUUGCAGCAGCAGACAGGUGCUGCUGUAUCAGCAGCAAAUCAGCUGCAGGAUUUGCAGCAGCAGCUGCAGCAACUGCAGCUGCAGCAGCGCACGCUGCAGGUGAUUCUUGACAGGCGAGAGCCAAGGACUCUCAGCAGCUUGCUGCUGCCGCCGCCGCAGCAGCAGCAGCAACAGCAGCAGCAGCUGCAGCUGCAGUGCGUUCCUGUCCAGCCCACUCCUCAGCAACGGUUGCAGCAGCAACAACAACAGUUGCAGCAACAGCAGCAACAGUUGCAGCAGCAGCAACAACAGUUGCAGCAGCAGCAGCAGCAGCAGCAGCAUAACGGGCUGCAGCUGCAGCAAAGGGUCUUGCCUGCUCCUUCGUUUGCGUUGCCUAUACCGCUGCUGCAUGCAAACCUGCUGCGGCAGCAGCAGCAACAGCAGCAGCUGCAGCAGCAGCAAACACUCUCGCGACAGCAGAGUGAUGUGCAACGGGAUCUGCAGCAGCAGCAGCUGCUGCUGCUGCAGCUGCAGCAGCAGCAGCUACAGGCUCAUAAAGAGGCACUCACUGCUCAGGCGUCUCUGCUACUGAAGCAAGAACCUCUACGUCCGCUGCAGCAGCAGCAGCUACAGCAGCAGCAGCUACAGCAGCAGCAGCUACAGCAGCAGCAGCUACAGCAGCAGCAGCGACAACAACAGCUGCAGCCACAGCAGCUGCAACAGCAGCUGCAGCAGGUAUUGCAGCAGCCACAGCAGCAGCCACAGCAGCAGCCACAGCAGGUCCUGCAGCAGCCACAGCAGGUCCUGCAGCAGCCACAGCAGGUCCUGCAGCAGCCACAGCAGCAGCUUUUGCAGCAUCCCCAGCAGCAACAGCAGCAGCAACAGCAGCUGCCAUCAGCUCAGCUACUGCUGCAGCAGCAAGCGCUGCAGCAGCUGCCGCUGCAGCAAGCACAGGCAGCUAUGCAGCCUCAUCUAGUUGUGCUGCACCGUGCUGCAGCAGCAAGACCUGCAAGCCUGCUGCCAGCUAAAGGAGGAGACAGUAGCAGCAGCAGCAGCAGCAGCAGGCCGCAGCAGCAGCAGGAUCCGUUGUUACCCAGCGCGCUGGGUAUGAGCAGCAGCAGCUCAGCAACAGAAUAUCUAUUCGCUUCUACAGCAGCAGUAGCAGCAACAGCAACAGCAGCAACUGCCGCAACAACUGCAGCAGCAGCAGCAGGAACAACAACAACAGCAGCAGCAACUGCAGCAGCACACGACGCUGCAGAUACACCCGAAGAAUUGCUGUUUUCUUCUCCCUCUCUCUUUACAGCAGACUCACCAAGGAAUGAUGAUUUAUUUAGUGACAUCUAA